AUGGCCGGUCAGUCCGAUGCUGAGAUAGACAGCGCAAUGACCAAGAAAGCAAAAGUGGCGGCGGCAAAGGCUUUGUUGAAGCCAAAGGCUUCCCCCAAGGCAGGCCAUAAAAGGAAAAUGGCGGAGGAGGCGCAGGCAGAGCACGCUGCGGCGCCGGUCACGACGGCAGCGGCAGGAUCCAAGGACUCCAAGGCUGGUGCCAAGGUGGCCAAGGUGGCCAAGGCUAAGGACAAGGACGAUGGCGACAAGAACAAGAAAAAAGACAAGGAGAAAAAAGAGAAGGACAAGGCUUUGUCUCAUGUUGCCGUGCGCAGACUUCGGCUCUUGGGAUUGGAGUUGGCUACUUGUACUAUGUAG